GAGAGGGUCCUCUGAGUGAAUGAGGGAGGGGGCUUUUUUUUCCUUCAAGGGAGUCAAAUUUCCCAACUCUGCGGGCCUUACAGUCACUCAGCUCAGAACUGAGAGAGCCUUUGUACUAAGAGAGUGAGAGAGAGAGGCAGAGAAGGAGAGAGAGCAAGCAGUGUGAUUUCAGGUCUGCACACUGGGGCAGAGGGACCACAGAGUUUGCCCGAAUUUCAUCACACACAUGCACUUGGAGUUCACUUCCAAACCUGGAUUUUUAUUCUCACUAAAAUGUUUCAAGGGUGGUCUCUUGCCCUGCAUCUCAUCCUGCUGUGCUGGCUGGCCACUGCUCUGCAGGUUAUAGAAGAGCGAGGCUCAGGAGGACAUCUGGACCUGACUGAGUUAAUUGGCGUCCCCCUCCCUCCCUCAGUCUCUUUCACCCCUGGCUAUGAGGGUUUUCCAGCCUACAAUUUCGGGCCAGAAGCCAACAUUGGCCGGCUCACCAAGACCUUUGUGCCAGGGUCAUUCUACAGGGACUUUGCCAUCAUCGUCACGGUGCGUCCAGCUGACCAAAGAGGAGGCAUACUCUUUGCCAUCACAGAUGCCCGUCAAAAGGUGGUGGAGCUGGGUCUGGCCCUAACUCCAGUCCGUGGAGGCCUCCAGAGCAUCUUAUUGUACUACACAGACGGAGAGCAGGCCUCCCAUAGUCACAAAGCUGCAGCCUUCAGUGUCCCAGAUAUGACUGACCAGUGGACACGGUUUACGGUGGUGGUGGAACAUGAUGAGGUGCGUCUCUACAUGGACUGUGGAGAGGCAGAGAGGGCUACUUUCCAUCGGAGGCCAGAAAGACUCACUUUUUCUCAUAACUCUGGCAUCUUUGUAGCUAAUGCAGGAAGCACAGGACUUGACAAGUUUGUGGGUUCCAUUCAACAGCUGGUGAUAAAAGAUGAUCCGAGGGCAGCUGAAGAGCAGUGUGAAGACGAUGAUCCUUAUGCCUCAGGAUAUGCCAGCGGAGAUGAUGCUCUGGAUGACAGAGAGACAGAGGAGGAAGUGAUGAAACCCACACAGGAGAGGAAACAGGAAGAGGACAGUGUUCCAGUUAGAGCUCCCCCCACUGAGGCUCCAGAGGUGGAGAUUGAUGAAUUUUCUGGUCACAUGACACCAACAGAAACCAGUGAAGAAAUUCUGACAAGAGGGUCACACCAGACAGAGGAGGCAGGAGAGAGAUCAGGAGAUGGUCAUAUCAGGCCAGGGUUAAAAGGAGACCGUGGAGAACCCGGACCACCUGGCCCACCUGGUCCCCCAGGACCUACCUAUCUACCUGAACAUGCUCAGCCUGGACCAGGGGGGCCACAAGGGCCCUCGGGGACUCCAGGAUCCCCUGGACUGCCAGGGAGAGAUGGAAAGCCGGGAAGUAAGGGUGAUAAAGGAGAUGCAGGUCAGAGAGGAGCUCAAGGACUUCCAGGUUUGAAUGGAGAGGCCGGAAUCAAAGGAGAAAAGGGAGAUCCAGGAGUUGGUUUACCAGGCCCUCCUGGUUCCCCCGGGCCACCUGGACCCCCCAGAUCACGCAGUGUACCUUAUGGAGCAGAUGCCUUGGGCUCUGGGUUUGAAGACCUGGACAGUGACACUGAACUCAUCAGGGGUCCCCCUGGUCCACCAGGGCCUCCUGGUCCUCCUGGUCCCCCUGGAUCCAACCUGUCACCUGACACAGCUGAAGGCCUCCCUUCUGGUCAUAUGGGACCACCUGGUCCCCCUGGAAGAGAUGGGUUUCAAGGCAAACCUGGAUUACCAGGUCCAGCAGGAAAAGAUGGGGCUCCAGGUCUACCAGGAGCUGUGGGAGAGAAGGGUGACCAAGGAUUACCUGGGCCACCUGGACCAAAGGGUGAAUGUGGGUCUCUGGGUACAGCAGGUCUUCCGGGGCUCCAAGGGCCUAUUGGCCCACAGGGGAAGAGAGGCCCAGUGGGUCCACCAGGACCCCCUGGACCUCCUGGACCUCCAGGAACCAAAUUCUUUGCAGAGGAUAUGGAGGGAUCUGGGAAGAGCGACAUGCUCAUUGGAACUGGAGUCAGAGGCCCACAGGGUCCACCUGGCCCACAAGGACCUCAGGGUGAAGAUGGAGCCCCAGGAGUUCCCGGGCUCUCUGUCAAAGGUGAACCAGGAGACCCAGGACCAGAGGGUCGUCAGGGUCCUGCUGGACUACCAGGAGCUAGGGGGGCCAAAGGAGAAAAAGGCAGUCCAGGACCCAAGGGUGAUCGAGGAGCUGAUGGGCGUAGUUACCCAGGACCACCUGGGCCUGCUGGACCCCCUGGACCUGCAAUUAAUCUACAGGAUCUUCUCCUUAAUGUUACAGAUGGUAUUUUCAACUUCACAGAGAUCAGAGGACCACCAGGGCCUAUGGGCCCUGAAGGCUUGCCUGGCAGAGCUGGAUUUCCUGGCCCCAGAGGACCAAAGGGUGACAUAGGUCCUCCAGGUGUCCAUGGGCCAACAGGGCUCAAGGGAGAAAAGGGAGAGCCAGGGGUGACCAUUGCAGCUGAUGGAUCUAUCUUAUCUGCACCAAGAGGCCCCCAAGGGCCCAAAGGCAAUAAGGGUGACCGUGGGUUCCAAGGACCACCUGGAGUUAUAGGCCCAAUAGGACCUGCUGGACAAAAAGGAGAGUACGGCUUCCCUGGUCGUCCGGGCCGACCUGGUAUGCCUGGAAGGAAAGGUGACAGAGGAGAUUCUGUUGGCCUGCCGGGACCACCAGGUCCUCCUGGCCCACCUGGACUUCCAGGAAGAAUUCUUGGUCUGAAUGGAACAGUGUUCCCGGUGCGCCCCAGACCGCACUGCAAAAAGGGACGAGAGUCACCGACAAGGGGAGAUUCAGUUGGCGUUAAAGGUGACAAAGGCGAUGAGGGAAUGCCUGGAGAACCAGGCACACUGACAUCUGGUUUGCCGGAUGGAAUUGUGGGUGCUAGAGGUGAUCAGGGAUACAAAGGUCAGAAGGGAGAAAAGGGUGACGAAGGCCUACCUGGUCCUCCGGGACUACCUGGGAGGUCAGGACUUGUGGGUCCAAAAGGUGAGUCCAUUGUGGGUCCUCCAGGACCUGUUGGUUCUCCUGGCCUGCCUGGAGCCCCUGGGUUUGGACGACCUGGAUCCCGAGGCCCACCUGGCCCUGCUGGACCCCCAGGACCUGCACCUGCAUAUGGAUCAGCUGACAGUAUCCCAGGCCCUCCUGGUCCUCCUGGACCACCAGGAUCUCCAGGGUACGCCAACCUGGUGAUCACCUAUAAAACAAUCCACGCUCUAACCAGAGAGAGUCACCGGGCUACAGAGGGAACCCUGGCUUACGUGCCUGAGAGGGGAGGAGAGCUGUACAUCAGAACACGUAACGGCUGGCGCAAGAUCCAGCUUGGAGAGCUGAUCCAUUACGGACCUUCCUCUGCAGCGGCAUCUCAGGCCCUCAGCAGACCUGGAGAAUGGAGCAGACCCCACAGGAUCCACAGCCAGGAGCUGCAGGAAGGCAGUAGAGGAUAUCAGCCCAGCUACAAUGUACUACCACAGACCUUUAAUGCAGUACCUGGGCUCCGUCUGGUGGCUUUGAACGCCCCUCUGAAAGGGGAUAUGCAUGGUAUCCGAGGGGCAGAUUUCCAGUGUUACCAGCAGGCGCGCUCCAUGGGGCUGACAGCCACUUACAGGGCCUUCCUGUCCUCACACCUCCAGGACCUGGCAACCAUUGUGAGGAAGGCAGACCGCACAGACAUGCCAGUGGUUAAUCUCAGGGGUGAGGUGUUGUUCAGUAGUUGGAUGUCCAUCUUCUCUGGGAAUGGAGGCACGUUUGACACGUCCAUACCCAUCUACUCCUUUGAUGGACGCAACAUUAUGACUGAUUCAGCAUGGCCAGAGAAGUUGGUUUGGCACGGCUCCAGUGCCAUGGGCAUCCGUCUGACCACUAACUACUGCGAGGCCUGGAGGACGGCUGACAUAGCGGUGAUGGGCCAGGCUGCACUGCUGCAGACAGGACGACUGUUAGGACAACACACCCGCUCCUGCUCCAACCACUACAUCGUGCUGUGUAUAGAGAACACAUAUGUGGGCAACACACAUCAAAGGAGAACCUGAAGAGACAGAGAGAACACACACACAUACACACACACACACACACACACAUUAACACAUAAAGAAACACAAAUGGCAGGCUUGCUGAAAGUAGAAAAUGUGACAUGGUGCACAUGAAUGGGAAACACAUGCAGGCACAUACACAAGUUAUGAUAAUGUCACAGUUUGGGUAGAAAUGACAUUCAAGUACAGACUGCAGGCACUUCUAUUCACACAUGCACAUGUGCAGACACAAGAGUCAAACAUGUUAACAUACAGAAGCAGGUUCCUACACUCAAGCACAGAAAAACACACAACACACAUUUAAGUUUCUUUUCACUUUGUUUGGUUUCAUCAUUAGUUCCCACCUGAACCCAGAUGUAGUCCGUCCAAGCCUAGACUACUAUUUCAAUUCACUAGAAACACGUGACAGUGCAGAAUGUCAUGACAGAGACCUUUGGGAUUUAUUCACACAUUGUGAUGUUGAAGAAAAAUCCUGGGAUCAUUUCUUGACAUAAUCUGAGUAGAUCUGAGUAACUUAAAGGGCCACACCAGUGUUUUUGCACUGUGUACUUUAUAUAAGUGAUUUUUUUUUUAUUUGAAUUUUUUUCUCUUUCCCUGUAGUAUGAAAAUCAUCUGACUUUUAAAACAGUCCAUCAUCAUGUCAGUGUUAUAUUACUGUUGCUAUGUAUAGUUUGAUUUAUGUGUAUUGCAUUACAGCACGAAAAUAACAUAAUUUUGACCAUAAGUAAUGCAGACCUGUACUGUAAUGGAUUUAACUAGUCUCAAGAAUUUGCUUAUAGAUUUUCACACUGCAUAGAAAUAAUUGACAACCAGUGGAUGCCUGGAGCUGUAUGUUAUGAUUUCUGAGACACAACGUAACAGUUUUGGAAAAUGGUUAGCUGUGAUGUAGAAUAUACAGUAUACCUUGUAGUAAAAAUACUGGAAUGUCCUUAUAAGUCAGUGUUUGUUUUCCUUUGCAGGGAAACAACAUAUUCUAAUUUUGAUCAACACUAUUAUGGACUGAACAGAACUGAAAUUUGGGUAAACAUAAACAAACCUCAUACCUGAUAUCAUGACAGUGUUUCAGUCCCUACUGAGUCUUGUAUAUCAAGGCUAGCUGUUUGUAAAGACUUGUCAGGAGACAGGCUAUAUUGACAGUUGAACGGUGCCACAUGACGUGCAGUUUCCAGGUCAUUCAAGAAAUUAAAUAAUCAGGUGUGAGUCAUUUAGGAUGAUGGUUUCCCUGUAAAAGAUAAGACUGCAACAUUCUGGAUUUUUGUUAUUGUCAACAAAUCCCAUGCAAAGACCAAAAGCAACAAUGUCUUUUAGUAAGCAUUACUCAAACAGGGGGAAAUUGUGUUUUUGUUGGGACUAUUUUCAGCGGUGGAUUAAUCCACAUUUAGUGCUCUUGUGAAGGAACAUGUCAGCCAGUGGAACAGUGGGGCUCACAAUACUUGUUAGAAGGAUUAAUUCAUUGUGAUUUGCUGACAAUAAAAAAAAAACAAAAACAUAUGGAAUAUCACCAGAUUUUAUGAGCACAAUGUGAACCAUUUUGAGAACAUGGUAUACUGUACACAUUCUUACUGUAAUAUUUUAGAUGUAAAUACACUGUAUGUAAAUGACUUCCUACCAACAAAGUCAUCCAAUCACAGCAAUACUUACCCAUGUUUCCUCCAUCUUUUUUCUGGCCAAAAUCCAGUGGGGAAAAAAGAAAAAAAUGUCUGGAUUUUCCCCAAAAUAUUUUACCACUAAGUACUUGUCUCUAAUUGUUGAAUCUACAGAUAUUGAAUCCAUAUUGAGGAGGUUAGUCCGGCAAGAUCAGCUUAGCUUGCUUUGGCUACAAAUAGAGGAGCAAGUACAUGGAUAAUAUUAAAGGCCUUCAUAAAGGCAGUAUGGUGCCCCCUGCUGGAAACUUGUUGACACACCUCCACCUUUGUUUACACUGACUUCUGCAUUGAUGAUUGUCCUUAAAAAUUCAAGUAAAUUUCAGGAUAUUUAAGCAUUUUUUUCCUGUGUUCUGCUGAACUUCAGUCCUGCUGUUUGCAAUAAAGUGAUCUGAACUAGUCUCAACAUUAACAUCCAUGUUUUAGCUUUAGUAUUAGAGUUUAAAUCAAUGUGUGAUUUUCAUUAAUUUAUACUGUAGCAGGACAUAGUCUGAAAAUCUAGCAAGUUCACUUUCAGAUUUUGAUGAAGUUGGAACAUGUAUAUAUAUAUAUGUGUGUUGUUAUUGUCCAAAUGUUUUUGUUUUUUACUCUGUAGAGGUAGAUUUUGUAUGACGCACACUAAAUGACUAAGAUUUUCUCUCACCAUGCGUUGAUUGAGAUGUAGUUCCAGUGUUCUGCCUGUGAGGGUGCCGGCCUGGCUCAAAGACACAAAGUGUUUGAAAUGUUUGGAUUUUCAAAGAAGUGUUAGUUUUCCUGAUGUCUGAUUAUGAUGUUUCUGUUUAAACAAAACUUGAGCUUCUGAGAAAAGAGAACAUUUGUAUUGACUGGUGCUCACUGAAUAAAUGUCUUAUUAUUUGUUUUUUAAAA